GGCACUUUGUGAAGUGCUUCAUCCACGGCUGAGACAUCCCGAGCCAACCUUCCAGAAGCCUCCCCAUCAGCACCAUGAACCCAAGUGCUGCCGUCAUUUUCUGCCUCAUCCUGUUGGGUCUGAGUGGGACUCAAGGGAUCCCUCUCGCAAGGACUGUCCGCUGCACCUGCAUUGAUAUCGACGACCGACCGGUGAGAAUGAGGGCCAUAGGAAAGCUUGAAAUCAUUCCUGCAAGCCUAUCCUGCCCACGUGUUGAGAUCAUUGCCACGAUGAAAAAGAAUGAUGAGACGAGAUGUCUGAAUCCAGAGUCUAAGGCCAUCAAGAAUUUAGUGAAAGCGCUUAGCCAAAAAAGGUCUAAAAGGGCUCCUUAAGUGGAGAGAAGCCACGCACGUACCCCAAUGCUGUGACAGAUGGACAGCAGAGAGCCUGUCUCUCCAUCACUCCCCUUUACCCAGUGUAUGGUUAGUCCUAAUUGUCCCUGGUCUUCUGAAAGGUGACCAGCCAUGGUCACAUCAGCUGCUACUCCUCCUGUGGGAUGAUGGUCAAGCCAUGGUCCUGAGACAAAAGUAACUGCCGAAGCAAGAGUUCUUUAAGAGCCGGUCCUCGCUCAAGUAGCUGGGAUGGCUGUCCUAGCUCUGUACUGUAAGCUAUGUGGAGGUACGACACCCUUCAUCAGCCUGCUCCCCACACCCUCCUUGUUGACAAGGAGGCUAGUCUCCUAGCUUCAGGCUCAUCAGUUCUGAGUUCACCUGAGCUCUUUUAUUUCAGAUGUAGUCCACGUAAGACUACAAAUUUAAGUUUGCAAGAACAAACUUAACCACCUUCUUCCCAAGGGAAUCUCAUAACUCAGAAUACAUAGAAGAACCUGGAAAUGUACGUGUAAAUACUAUUUAAUGAAUGACUGUACAAAGUAGAAUUCCUAGAUGUAUUUUUUUGUAUGCUUUGCAUUGUAUAUGGAAGAACUUGUGUCACUAAGUAUAUAUUAAUGAGUAGUUAAAGUUUAUUUUGAAAACCAUCCAACAUCUUUUGUAUUAUGUAACAUUCAAAAUAAAAUGUACUGUAUUGAAAGUAGUAAGAGACCCAACAUGUAAUAAAGUAAUAAUAACUGACA